AUGGCGAGCUUCUCGCCCGAAGCGCACCACCGCCUCUCGGCAGCCGGCGCCGUCGUCGCGCAAGCCACGCCACCGGCGCCGCCGCCCAAGCCCGGCAGCCACGAGACGAGCCGCAUGGGCACGCCGUCUAGUGGGCCGCCUCUGCCUCCUCCGCCGCCGUCAUCGCAGCAGCAGCAGCAGCAGCAGCAGCAGCAGGGACAGCAGGGACAGAUGGCCGGGGGCGGGCAGCAGGGCUACGCGGCGGCGGCGGGGGGAGCGGACGACGGAUUGUUGGGCGACGUGCCGUUCCCGCAGUCGGACGUCGGGCCAGACCCGGGGGAUGGGUGGCUGCCGAGCAUGCUGCAGGACAAGUCAACCCAGGACCUCGCCGCGCUGCUCGCCUCGCCCCAGCUCCUGAGUGGCCUCACCCACUCCCCCUCGACGGCACACCCCACGCUCGCCGCCUCCCACGCCGACCUCUCCCUCGCCCUCGCGCAAAACGCCCGCCUCGCGUCCCACCUGCAGAUGCUCGCGUCGCACCUCGCGCGCCAGCGCUCCGCCACCCAGGCCCAGCUGCUGGCCACGCACGCGCUCGAGCGCCAGUGGCGCCAGCGCCAGUCCGACAUGGACCACGCGCUCGCACCCUUUUCCCCCGCGAGCCUGUACCAGCGUCUCGCGCAGGGCGUGCAGGAGCAGGGCAACGUGUGCCUCGCCAUGGAGGAGAGCUUCCUCGAAGGCGGCGGAGGCGGCGCGGAUGGCGCUGGUGUGGGUGUGGGUGCGGGUGGUGGUGGUGAUGCUGCGGGAGGGGGCCCGGCGUCGGAGCGCGAGGUGGCGGAUUGGGUGCGCAGGUAUAGGGAGGCGAGGGUCGAGUUUUAUCUGCGGCAGGAGAGGAAGGAGAGGUGGGAUGAGGGCCGCGUGGGAGGCUGGAGGUGA